GUUGCAAAUUUUUUAAACAAGUUGCCUAGAAAUGUGUUUUUACUCGUGUUUUUUAAAUUUUUCCUCACAUUUUUUAUCGCCACAUUUUUCUCACCUGAAUAUAUUAGAUGAUGAAUCAGUCCACAUUUUCUUUUUUUUUCAUAAUUAGAAAGUAUCACCCUUUUUCUUUUGUAAAUAGUGGCGAGGGAAAACUGCAAUCGCGUGUUCUUUUGUACUCCCACAUAGAAAAGGAAAAUAAUAUAAACAAUUAAACAUUUUAGAAUUAUAAUUUUAAUUAACACUUUAGGAGUUUGAAAAUAAUUUUUUUAAUUGUAGAUUUUUUAAAAAUAAUUUUUUUCGCUAAUUUACUUUCCUUUCCAUGCUCGUCUUCGUUUUAUUCAUAUUUCUUGAAAAGAGCGUGAGAGGAUAUUGGAAAAAUAAAAAUUCUUAACGUAACGGGAUAUUGGAAAAACGUCAUCAAAACAACAAGCAUGAAUAUAUUUUAUAAUUUACACAUUCUCCUCAUGCUUAUUCAUGAAAAAUAUGUUCAUAAAGAAUAGUCGUAGUGGGAAUUGACUUUUCCUUCCUUUUUUUAUUUUUAUGAGUUAAAAAUAAACCAAACUUUAAUAUUUACGUUUAAUUUAUUUUAUUAUUUAGAAUUGACUUUUAAUUAAUUUAAAAAUGUCAGCAAAACCAAUCAAUGAAUAUUCUGGCAAAGAAUUGCUUUAUCGUGCAUUGGAGCAUGUCCAAACUUUGGCUAAACCAAAGGCAGUUAAAUUAGACGAGGGAGACACAUUUAAUGAUGCCAUUCAAAACUGCGAGUGGCUGAAAACUGAAAAAAAAGGAGUAAUCAAACCAGACCAACUUAUAAAGCGCAGAGGAAAACACUCGCUUGUUGAAAUUGGGACAACUGAUGAGUUGAGCAAGUGGUUUAAUGAGAAGAAAGGACAAUACAUUCAGAUUGAAAAAACAAGAGGUCGACUUUCAAAAUUUAUCCUCGAACCGUUUGUUGAACAUUCUCAAAAAGAUGAACUUUAUUUGGCCAUAUACAGUCAAAUGAACAAUGACGUUAUUUUGUUCCUUGAAGAAGGUGGUGUUGAUAUUGGGGAUGUUGACUCAAAGGCUCGCAGACUUCUUGUUCCUGUGAAAGAAAAGGAUGAGGAAAUGCAAUUAAAUGACAAGGAAUUAAACGAACUUUUGGGUAAAAAUUUGGAUACAGCAAAGAAGAGUCUUGUUUUGCCAUUUAUCAAGGAGUUGUAUGAAGUUUAUAAGAAGAAUCAUUUCACAUAUUUGGAGAUUAAUCCUCUUGUUGUCUGUUCUGGAAAAAUCUAUAUAUUGGACUUGGCUGCAAAACUUGAUGAGACUGCUUCAUUCCUUUGUUCUGAAUUGUGGAAGACUCGCGAUGGCGAAGAAAUUGAUUUUCCUGCUCCGUUUGGUCGUGACCUUGCUAAAGAAGAGAAGCAUAUUGCCGAAUUGGAUGCAAAAACGGGUGCCUCCCUUAAAUUGACUAUUCUCAACCGAAGUGGACGAAUUUGGACUAUGGUUGCUGGUGGUGGAGCUUCUGUUGUUUUCACUGACACAAUUUGCGAUUUAAAUGGUGCAUCAGAAUUGGCAAAUUAUGGAGAAUAUUCAGGCGAUCCAAGCGAGUCACAAACUUUUGAAUAUGCAAAAACCAUUCUCUCCAUAAUGACUGAGGGAACUCCACACCCCAACGGGAAAGUUUUAAUAAUUGGUGGAUCUAUUGCAAAUUUUACUAAUGUUGCAGCAACUUUUAAGGGAAUUAUAAAUGCUAUUGAGACAUUCGCCGAAAAACUUCGAAUGCAUAAAGUCGUUAUUUUUGUUCGUCGUGGUGGUCCAAAUUACCAAGGAGGCCUUCGCAAAUUUAAAGAAGCAGCUUCUCGUCUUGACAUCCCAAUACAUGUUUUUGGACCAGAGACGCAUAUGACUAGCAUUGUUGGUGCAGCUCUUGGGGUCAAGCCAAUUCCAGAAGCUUCUCUUGCGCCUCACACAACGGGACAGUUUUUGUUGACUCCUGGACAUGUUGAGAAAAGUGAUUCUUCUACUUCACAAACUCAAACUACUGAUUCCUCAAUGAAAACUAAAUCAAAUGGAUCUGUGAGAAAUAGUGAAAUGACAACAACUGCUGGUGUAACUGCUAAUGAGAUUUCUCAACAAAUUCACAGUCUUUUUGAAAAUAAUACAAAAGCGAUUAUUUGGGGACAACAAACACGAGCCAUUCAAGUUUUUUUUUCAAUUUUUUUGUUAUCAGUUAGAGUUUAGG